AUGCAGGCCAUCGAACAGAAAUUUUACCCCAUCGACGACGCGAAAUACGGCUGCUACAUGGACACACAACGUCGAGUAGCUCACUGGGUCGAGCAGACGAACCACUCACAGUCUCAGAACCCGGUAGAGGGGAAAGGGUCAAAGUCCAGGCGUUCUUCCAGUUCCCGAAGUCGAUCCCACAAACGUUCACGCCAUCACGAAAGUGUAGACUUCGCUCCCCCUGUUCCAAAGCUACCUUUUUCCCUGGUACCAUUCCCCAGUGACAUUGGCGUUUCUCCCGCAAUUGCACUUUUGUCGUCCUCCCUCCUCGUCUUCGCCAUCCUCCCAUCCCUCAUUGCGAUAUCCGUCUUUGCAGCGGCGCUCACCUAUGCUUCCGUUGAUUCGGAGAGGCCGAAUAAAAUAAAAACUGAGGAAUCGGGAGGUUGA